UGCAACCCAGAAAAUGAAGGGGCAGGAUAGGAGCCUAAUAAUAAAUCAGUGAUAAUAUUAAUUUGGGGUUCCACUAGGAGCAGGUUUGCACUUUGCUCCCUUGUUUUUGUGCGGCAUAUGCUUCUCGCCUCUCAAACUCUCAAUUACUCUAGCAGAAUUGCCGAGUGCAUUCACUUAUGCCCCUUGACUUGAAGAGAAAUGAGUGCCUCCGUAAUUUUUUUUCUUCCGGUUGUAAAUGGUCAGAAUUUGUAGGGCUGGUUUUUGAAGUUAUAGUUGUUGGGGAGAUUUUUUUCUUCCUUCUCGGUGAAAGGUUAGGGUGAAGGAGUGCUACACCAACUCCCAUACAAAUCAGGGUCAAUCUGAAUGUGAAGACUGUAAUCUUUUGGGGGACUGGUGGAGUCUUGGAAGAUUUAUUCACUAUUUGCAUUUCAAUUUUGGCCAGUCUAUUCUCAUAGCAGUUAUAAAUUAAAUGUAGCUUGGUUGUCUGUUUGCUUGGUCAUAGCACUCGCUUUCAGGUUUUGAAAUCUGGAUUGUUGAUGGAGUGCAAUAAAGAAGAGGCCUUAAGGGCCAAGGAACUUGCUGAAAAGAAAAUGCAAAACAAAGAUUUCAUUGGGGCUCGGAAAUUUGCUCUUAAGGCUCAGCAGCUAUAUCCUGAGUUGGAGAAUAUCACUCAAAUGCUUAUUGUUUGUGAUGUGCAUUGCUCUGCAGAGCAGAAAUUGAUUGGCAAUGAGAUGGACUGGUAUAAAAUUCUUCAAAUUGAGCUAACGGCUAAUGAUACAACAAUUAAGAAGCAAUACAGGAAGUUUGCCCUCCAGCUUCAUCCUGACAAAAACAAGUUUUCUGGUGCAGAAGCUGCGUUUAAGUUGAUUGGGGAAGCCCAAAGAGUUCUUUUGGAUAGAGAAAAACGAUCUAGGCUUGACAUGAAUUUACGCAGGGUUCCAACAAACAGAACUACUAUGCCAUCUCAUCAUCAGCAGAAUGUUCAGAUGAGUUUUAAUCCCAUGAUGCAAACCAGUGCCAGGCCCAAUUUUACAAACUUAAAUCCUCAGCCGCAACAAAAGUCUAGGCAGGCAUCUCAGCAGGGGCCUAAUGGUGGCCGCCUUACUUUUUGGACCAUGUGCUCAUUUUGUUCUGUUAGAUAUGAGUAUUAUAGGGAGGUUUUAAACAGAUCUCUUCGCUGUCAACAUUGCAGUAGGCCCUUCAUUGCAUAUGAUGUGAAUAUGCAAGGCACAACACCAGCAACUAAUUCAAGUCAGCAAGCUUUUGGUGCGCAGAACCAUAGUCAGAAUCAGGGUGCUUUUGACGUUGCUGCUGGAUCUCAAGGUAAUUUGCAUACUAGCCGGUCCAAUACAGAAUCACAUAAUAAAAAAGGUCCUGCUGCUGAUGUCUCUGUAAAGCCAAAUGGAAAGAGAAGGAGAAAGCGAGUAGCAGAAUCCAGUGAAAGUGCCGAAUCUGUUGGUAGCACUGAUUCUGAAUCUGAAGAGGAUACACUUUAUGACAAGGAUGGUUUUUCGACUCAUAGAGAUGAGAAUCCCCGUAGAUCUACGCGGCAAAAGCAUCAGGUUUCCUACAACGAGAAUGUGAGUGAUGAUGAUGAAGGGGGUGGAUCUCCAUCUGGUGCUGCUGAAAAUACAGGGGAGGUAUCUAAAAUGAAUAAUCAGAAUGGUUUGGCUGCUGAUCUGAAAGGUGAUAAACAAGGGGCAAAGCGGAAACAGAACUUUUAUUCUGGAGAGAGCUUACAAAAUAUAGAUGAGGAAAUUAAGGAGGUGAGAGGAAAAGAGGCAGUGGGCAGCUCAAAGAUAGACAAAGCUUCAGAGCAUUCACCCUCGAAAUCAACAAAUCAACUAGAUAAUUUUGUUUAUCCUGAUGCAGAGUUCAGUGACUUUGACAAGGACAAGAAAGAGGGGUCUUUUGCCGUUGGGCAGAUUUGGGCUAUUUAUGAUACUAUAGAUGGUAUGCCUAGAUUCUAUGCCAUAAUCAGAAAAGUUUUCUCUCCCGGAUUCAAGUUACGGAUAACAUGGUUUGAACCAGAUCCUGAUGAGCAAGAUCAAGUCCACUGGGUAGAAGAGCAAUUGCCAAUUGCUUGUGGGAAACAUAAACUUGGCAUCACUGAAACCACAGAAGAUCGUCUAAGUUUCUCUCAUCUGAUUGUUUGUGAAAAGAUUGGCCGCUGUACUUAUAAAGUAUAUCCUAGAAAGGGAGAAACUUGGGCUCUUUUUAAAAAUUGGGAUAUCAAAUGGCAUAUGGAUGCAGAAUCUCAUCGGCAGUAUGAAUAUGAAUUUGUUGAAAUCUUGUCAGAUUAUGUUGAAGGUGUGGGAGUAGUUGUUUUGUACUUAGCUAAAUUGAAAGGUUUUGUGUCUCUCUUCUCUCGAAUGGAGGGAGGUAAUUGCACAUUUCAAAUUCCAUCUACCGAGUUAUUCAGAUUCUCUCACAGGGUUCCAUCUUUUAAAAUGACUGGUCAGGAAAGAGUUGGUGUUCCUGUAGGAUCUUAUGAACUUGAUCCGGUAUCUUUGCCAAUGAAUCUUGAAGAGAUUGCUGUUGCUGAACAUUUGGAAGUAAAGGAGGGUCAUUGUCCAUCUAGUGGGGUGGGCACAAGGUAUUCAGAUAUGUCGAAAUUCACAAUGAACUCAGAGGGAGAAGCUUCUACUGAAAAGGUUAAGUGGGAAAGAAGCAAUUCAGCAGAGGAGAACAAGGAUCCUGUUGAUCAUAUAGGUAAUGGUAGUGACCCUUCAGCUUCAGCCGCAGAUGCUUUUGAAAUUCCUGAUCCUGAGUUCUGCAAUUUUGAUGCUGAGAGGUCCCUUGAAAAGUUUCAGGUUGGUCAGAUUUGGGCAUUUUAUGGUGAUGAGGAUGGACUGCCAAAAUACUAUGGUCAGAUUAAGAGGGUUAAGAGUAGUCCAGAUCUUGAGUUGCAAGUUACUUAUCUUACUAACUGCUGGCUACCGGAGAAAUGUGUUAAAUGGGAAGAUAAGGAUAUGCUUAUUUCCAUUGGAAGAUUUAAAAUCAAAGCAGGUGCGCGUUCCUGCACAUAUGCAAACACCUAUUCUGUUUCGCAUCAGGUGCAGGUUAUUACCGAUGGUAAGAAGAAGGAAUAUGAAAUUUUUCCAAGGGAAGGCGAAAUCUGGGCAUUGUAUAGGAAUUGGACGACUAAAAUAAAACGUUCCGACUUGUUAAACCUGGAAUAUGACAUAGUUGAAGUUGUUGGAGAACAUGAUUUAUGGAUGGAUGUUUUACCUUUGGAGUUGGUAAGUGGUUAUAAUUCAGUUUUCAAGCGCAAGUCAAAUGCAGGAUCAGCUAGGGCCACGAAAAUAUACUGGAAAGAUUUGCUCAGGUUCUCCCACCAAAUCCCUGCCUUCAAACUGACAGAAGAACAAGAUGGCACUCUGAGAGGCUUCUGGGAACUUGAUCCGGGAGCAGUACCCCUUCAUUAUUUUAACAACAAAUAAAAAGAAGCCUUGGGUUCCUGAACUGAACAUGAAUAGGUCUGAUGUAUCACUCUUUUGCCAGGAAGCAAAAUUUGCUAUCCUAAUGGCAUUUUUUAACUCGGUUUUUUUUUUCAGUAGUCGUUGCUUAAAUUAGAUAAAAAAACAAUACACUUUUCUGUGUCUAUGCAGUAGUAGCUCCUGCAUGAUCACAGUUGAUAUGACAUCACCUGAGAAUCCCUAAGAUAUUGUUCCAGCUGCCUCAAGGUAUGGAGGUAUUGCUGGCUCUCAUUUGCGUUCCUUGUUUUGUUUCUCUUCCAUUAGAAUUUGAGUUGCGUUAAGUGUUAUGUUACAAAAUCAGUAUUUACUAAA